AAAAAUCCUUCAAUCUGGCAACCUUGCUGCUCAAUUCUAAUAAAACAGUGAUUCUUUCGAGUCAAGCCCAGUAUCAGCCCCCUGAUAGAUACACAUACGCGUGUUUUUCUCUCUGUUUAAUCGAGACGAGCAGAGGUGAAAUUAACGCGUUUCUCGCAUUCGUUUCAGUUAAACUACAAUUCCCAUCAUGCCAAUCGCAGGAUCACGACGACAACGAUGCUUGAACACACGAAGCAGAAGGUAAACAAGUCUGGAGCUGCUGUAGUGAUGCUCUUCAAAGCGUAUCGCUCAUUGCAGGCUGAUGAGGGUUUCAUAACCAAGACGCAAAGUGCUCUUCAGUCGCAAGGUGCGUGUGCGCGCUCACAAAUGGGACAUUUUGGGGCACAGCCGAGAGCUUCAAAACUGCGUCUGUACACUUCAUAGUGUUUAAUGCGAUGGGACCCAUCCUGCAGGAACAAACUGCGUCUGCGACACUGAGGAAGGUGCCAGGCAAGGAGAAGGUUAGAGUGAAAAAUGCAGAAAACACUGGGAUUGUUGCCAGCAGCAAUAAUAAGAGAGGUGGAAAUGUGAUUCAGAAUAAGAAACCUCUUAAAAAAACAGUGCCCUUGCAUCCAGGUCAAGAGAAGGAUCCUCUGCCCAAAGCGAAAACUGUCCAAAAUGGCAUUAAACCAAAGAAAGCUAAGAGUCCAAGUGGUGACACUUGCAAGUUGCGUGGCACACAGGGUAAAUCAGACCUGAGGCCUCCACGUCCUAAACUGUCUUGUCCCGAACGUGGACAGGAGAGGCAGAAAAUCCAGCUGGAGCCUCAGUGCUGUAAAGAGAUGCUACAGAGCCACGUGGUCUUGGAGAAGAACCGUUGUGCUUUAUCGCUGCCCUUGACUCCUCAACCGUUCACCCUGCAGAAACAAGUCCCAGACCUGGACUCACUCCACCUCCUGGAGCACAAGGAGGACGACACGGACAGCGCCAGUGACCUGUCCGACUCUGAGCGGCUCCCUGUGCUGCCUUCCCCCUGCACUCCUCCUCAGCUCAACCUCCGAGCCGAGGUCAUCAACUCCACGGACCUGCAUCCCCACAUACCAGGACCCAGGACAGUGGAGAACAAUGAAGUCAGCUAUAGCUACCCAGACUUCCUGCCUCCUCCGUUCAAUACCUGGAGCUUGAGGCAGCUCGCCAUCUUCCUCAACACGGAGGGAAAGCGGGCUCCCCGGCCGAAACCUGUAGGGCAGCUAGAGAAGUAUUUAGAGCGCCUCCUCCAGCUGGAGUGGCACCAAAUCCAAACCAUUCAGGCUGAGAGCGGACGGCAUGUCGUUCCCAUCAUCCGAACAAGAGGUCACGCUGCCAGUGUUCUAGCAAACGGAAACCGGCCUAGGCCUCAUACUGCUCCUCCAACACGCCUCAGCUCCCCGAAAAGCUUUCAGCAGGGUCAGCAGGCCACCUUCUCUUCAGUGGCCAGCCCAUCGUCCACCCAGCUUUCUCGUCCUGUCUGCCCCCACUGCCACAUCCGCUAUCCGCUCUGCAACGGCACAUGCUCUCCGUAUGCUUACCAGCGGCAUUCCCGUCUUAGCCCCCUGCUAGAGCGCAAACCUCCCCCUGACAACACCCAAAAGAGGAGCAGCAGUGAAAGCCGGGCCUCCACCUCUGAAAACCGUGCUACUUUGAAAAACCAGCAACCGGUCAGUCCUCAGGCAGCAAAGGCUCAUCAGAAGCACAUGCAAGCCGCAGGAAAUGUGCGCAGGGCGUCUCAUGAACUUAAGUUAAAUGGCAAAUCCCAUUCUUCUGUCAGAAAAGGGAAGACUGGAAGGUCAAACGAGGCAGACAAACAGAAAGAUCCACCUGGAGCAAAAUGUGGAGGGGUUGAUAGGCAUAAUCCUGUCGGUAUGAAACGCGAAGGUGGUGGUCCUGGAAAAAAAAUAGUUAAGGAUGGUCCAAGAGCCGAAACGGGUGAAGUACGACUAAGAUCUGGCAUCAAAAGAACGGUCACUGAUGGCUGCGAUGCAAAGGCAAUGUCAGCUACCAAGACUACUGGCAAAAUGAAAAAUUCUCAAUACACCAAGUAGUUAGUGCAGCUUGUAUGCAAUUUUCAGUUGCUUCAAAAACAUUUCCAUUUUGCAUACUGUAAAGAAGAGCUAAUUAAAACAUUAUAUUAUCCCUGCAGUUAACUGUAGUUGUUUGUAAAAAGGAUACAAGUGCGGUCACAUUAAGCAUUUUGGCAAAAUUUUGCGGGGGAAAAAAAAGUUGUCUUUUGUCAGUAACUCACACAGAAUUCACUUUGAGCUUUCUGUCUGUCAGCAGAGACCAACUCGAGCCCGUUUUGAAAUGUGCAUGGGAUCGCAUGGAUUCCUGAUGAAAUGCUUGGAUUUUGCCCAUCAAAAUUUGCCAGAUAACUACAAAUGUGACCAUACCUUAAAAAAAGCAUCCUUCUCUUUAGAAAUCUUGCCUUUUCAUUAUCAUAGUUUCAGUAGAACUUCAAAGUGCAUUUCUUGAAUAAGAUAUUUAUUUUAUCUGCCUAAGUACACAAAAGCAGGCUAUCUUUACUUACUGUACGCACAAAUCCUCUAUAAAAUGAAAUGUACUUAUAUCUAGUGUGCAUGUUCAUAUCUCUUACUUGAGGGAGGUAUGGCUGAGAAUGUCAGAUUGUGGCUCUUUGUCUAGUAAGCACUAUCGGUCAAAGAAUGUUUAUUUUUGAGACGAAUAAUGAAUGUUUUGUAACGAUUGUAUUUUUGUAAAGUGCUAUUUACAAGGACUUCUUUUCUUGUUAUUUAUUAAAUCAUUUAUCUGUUUAUUACAAUGAGUUGACACUUAAGUUAAAUAAGAAUGUUUUAUCUUUGAAUGUUUUGCAACUCAUUACUUAGGUUUUCGGUAAGUUAGAUGUCGUUGAAUUGUGAAUUGUUAGGAUUGCUUAUGAUGGUUUUGUGGUGCGGUUUGUGUUGAUGGAGACGAACAUGAGCUAUAAAAUGUCAAGAUAUUAUGGUCAAGGUUAUCUAUGUUUGUUUACUUUUUGAGAACUUUUCAGGUGAUUACACGAAAUAUAGCAUGUUUUGUUUAUUUUUACAGAAACAAUGAUGGUAGUAGUUUUGUAUGUACUGUAGUGCAUUGUCAAGAUACUUGAAUAUGACUUGAAAGUUGGUACAGGUUGAGGCUAUACAGUACGUGGUACCACAUUUCCAUACUUGAUGUACUGUAUGUAGCACCAUUUCAUCUUGGAUGUUAUGUACCGUGUGAAGUCCCUUAUCAGGCAAAAAACACACAAAAAUUUACUUUUGUCCCAUCAUUGUCAGAUGUGCUUUUAUUUUGCUGGGAGUUUUUGGUAGAGUUGAAUGCAGCUAUUUUUAUGAGAUAACAAAAUAAAUAGUUUUCAUUACCUCAUCAAA